GUUUCCCCCAAUUUAACUACAUUCUCUCUCCUAAUUUUUUCUUUCUCUCUCUUCAAUCUUUACUCUCCUCUGUUUACUCUACUACUACUUCCACAAAUAUUGGAGAUUUUAAUCUAUUUUAUGAAUUUCAUAAUUCUUAAUUAAAGCUUAAUUUUUCUGGGUUGUUAUAAAGUUUUCAUCUUGGGUUUGAUUUGUUGAGGGUGAUGGACGAUGAAUAUGCUAAAUUGAUUAGGAGGUUAAACCCACCAAGAGUUGUAUUUGACAAUAUAUCUUGUGAAGAAGCUACUGUAAUUCAGGUUGACAGUGUCAACAAACAUGGAACUCUUCUACAAGUUGUCCAAGUUCUUGCUGAUGUUAACCUUACUAUUAAAAAGGCAUAUAUUUCGUCUGACGGCGGAUGGUUUAUGGAUGUGUUCAACGUGACCGAUUACCAUGGGAACAAGAUUAGAGAUCAAGAAGUCAUCAACUAUAUCCAAAAGACAAUCGAGAGCAAUGCCUCACUUUUGCCUUCUCUAAGAGAUUCAGUUGGAGUGAUGCCCUCUGAAGACCACACCUCAAUUGAGCUGACUGGGACUGACAGACCAGGCUUAUUAUCAGAAGUAUGUGCAGUCCUCACUGAUCUCAACUGCAAUGUGGUGAAUGCUGAGAUAUGGACUCACAAUUCUCGAGCUGCAGCUGUUGUCCACGUAACUGAUUAUUCAACGGGGCGUGCAGUCAAUGAUCCAAAAAGGCUACUCAGAAUAAAGAAGCUUCUUUGCUAUGUGCUUAAAGGAGAUAGUGAUUCUCAGGCGGCACAAAUGAGACUUUCGCCUCCUGAAAGUACUCACAGAGGACGAAGACUGCAUCAAAUCAUGUUUAAUGAUAGGGACUAUGAAAGAAUGGAGACAGUAGGGUACCCUAGAAGUUUGCAUACGUAUAGUAGACCUCAUGUGACAGUUUCUGAUUGUCCUGAGAAGGAUUAUACUGUGAUUAUUAUGAGGUCCAAGGAUCGGCCUAAGUUGCUGUUUGACAUCGUGUGUACACUAACUGAUAUGCAGUAUGUGGUUUUUCAUGGAAUGGUCACCACUGAGAGGACAGAGGCUUACCAGGAAUUCUACAUUCGACACGUUGAUGGGCAGCCCAUAAGAUCUGAAGCUGAGCGAGAACGAGUUGUUCAGUGCCUUGAAGCAGCCAUAGAAAGGAGAGCAUCAGAGGGCUUAGAGUUAGAAUUGCGCACUGAAGACCGAGUUGGACUCCUUUCAGAGAUAACCCGCAUUUUUAGGGAAAACGGGCUAACCAUCCAAAGAGCUGAAAUAUCCACAAAGAGUGGCAAAGCCGUAGACACUUUCUAUGUAACAGAUGUAGCAGGAGCUCCGGUGGAUCCAGGGACGGUCAAUUCUAUCCAACAGCAAAUCGGCCAAACCAUAUUGCAGAUAAAACACAAUUCAUUUCACACUCCUAAACCAGCUCAGGAAACUACGAUGAGUUUCCUCUUCGGGAAUCUUUUUAAAUGCCCGAGUUUACAGACCUUAAAGCGAAACAACAGGUACUGUAAUAAAACUGUAUAGUCUUGUGCAGCAAUUGAAGUACAGGAAUGUGCAGCAAGCGUUUCUGAUAAGAAAAUAUAGCAGAUAGGGAAGUACAUAAUAUGCAGAUAGGCAGGGUAAAAGAAAAAAGUUGUACUUAAUGAUACAUAUACAUCUCCCUAUGUAUAAGAUCAGGGCAGUGUAAAUAGCUCCAGGUUGUAGGUAAGUAGGCUAAACAAGCCUUCCUCACUGUGAAUAUAAGGAUACUCGUAUAUACUAGUAGUAUAUAGUGGCUUCUGUACAGAAAAGGCGAUGUAAAUAUCCUUUGUAUGUACAUAAUUAUUAGUGAAAUCUGUAUAUAUUACUCUUUAGGUUUAUCACCUUCUUUUGUUCA